AUGAAGAGCGUAGCGAUUCGACGGGUUUGGCAGCACAACGCAGCAUUCGAGUUUCAUCUGAUUACAGCCUUGAUUCGUCACUACACUUUCGUCUCUCUAGACACCGAAUUUCCUGGGACAGUUUUCCAAAUUCCUGCACAGACGCCUGCAUCCAAAUACCACCUCAUGAGGGAAAACGUGAACGCCACCAAGAUAAUCCAAUUAGGUCUAACGCUCUCCGACCGCCAUGGAAACCUUCCGGACUUGGGCACUGACACCUGCUACAUUUGGGAGUUCAACUUCAGGGACUUUGAUAUCGAUCGCGACUGUCAAAACAAGGACUCAAUCGAGUUACUUAAGAGGCAAGGAAUCGAUUUCUUGGAGAACAAGCAAAAUGGUAUUAGCGCUUCCUACUUCUCUUCUCUGUUGAGGAAUUCCGGUCUGAUCUCCAGGGAAUCCAACUUGACAUGGGUGACAUUCCACAGUGCUUAUGACUUCGGGUUCUUGAUCAAGAUUCUAAACGAGGUGUUGCCGCACGACAUUACGAGUUUCAUGUGGAUGAUGGAUUUGUACUUUGGACAAAGAGUGUAUGACAUCAAAUACAUGAUUAGGUUUUGCCAAGGGCUUCAUGGAGGUCUCGAGAAAGUGGCGAAUGCACUCAAUGUCGAUCGUGUGGCCGGAAAGAGUCACCAGGCUGGCUCCGAUAGUCUGCUGACUUUGCAAACGUUUAUGAAGCUCAAGGAUGUGUAUUUCAAAACUAGCUUAUUGGAACAAAACUACAACUCAAACUUUUAUUGCUGUCAAGGAGUUUUGUAUGGCUUGGAAGUUGAGGAUCGUUGAUAUAAUUGCCGUGCCCUCAUUGAGAUUUUUUAUUUUUUUUGGUUGUAUGUUUUUUUUUAAUUUUCAAACGUGUAAUUACAAUUUAGUCUAUAUAAUUUAUUUUUAUUCUUCUAUAUGCUAUCAAAGAUUGAUUUGUAACAUUUUUUAAUUAAGCAUGCUUGGUGGGCUGGCUUGAAUCUGGUUUCAGAUAUUCUGGAUAUGAAUUAAAAAUCUAUAUCCGAUAUGCGAUACAUUUUAAUGCCACCAAAUAAUGCACAUCAUUCAUAUCCAGUUUAAUUGUACUUAUCCGAUGAUAUGGAGGGUGGGGAGAGUAGAUUUUUUCUUUCCUCUAGAGUGGAUAAGGAGGGUGUGAUUUUUGUACAUUUUGUCGCUAAUAACAGCUCUUUAAAUUGGGUAGUUCGAAAGAGUUAAUUAAACAAGAAUUUAGGGACAAAAAAUUGGUAGUGUGUAAAUGGAGAAAAAAAAAGUUUACGCUUG